AAAUUAAAAAGUAAUAACUGUUCUGCUAUAAAAAUGUUUCAGCGAUCAUUCACAAGACUUGUUCCGCAAAACUGGAUGAUUGUCCCAAAAGCAAAAUUCCGGAAUUAUGUUAUGUCCGAGGUUUUGGCACAGAUGGAGAAAGAUUGUGAAAGAUAUUGCCCCGUACCGCGCGUACCUCCGAGGAAGGUGACAAUAGUAGGGGCGGGCAGUGACGUUGGUCGCGUCGCAGCACUCUUCCUGAAGCAGCAGCCGGUGGUGCGCAAGCUGAGCUUAUACGACGACGAGCCGGACUCUUGCGUAAUGGGCGUGGCUAACGACCUCGCUCAUAUCGAUACCAGCGCCGACGUCGAAGCGUUCCAGGGCCGGCCUCGCUUAGGCGAUGCGCUUACUAACUCUGACGUGGUGCUGAUCUGCGGCGGUCACUUUGUGACCCCGCCAUGCUGCUGCGCGCUAGACCGCGAACUAUUCUUCAAAAACAUGGAGCGCGUGCGCGUGGCCAGCAUCGCGUGCUCGCGAUUCUGCCCCUACGCUGUCGUCGCCGUGCAGACGCCGCCCGUCGACUGCAACUUUGCCCUAUGCAUGCAUACGCUAAAGACGGCGGGCGUAUAUGACAAGCGGCGCGUGCUAGGCGUUAACUCUAUAAGCUCGAUGCGAGCCAAUCAACUGUUCUGCGCGUUGACGGGUGCUGACCCCGCCGCCACCCACACGCCUGUUAUCUGCGGCACCGGCAGGUGCACGCGCGUGCCCGUCUUCUCUAAAGGCAAAGCCGGCAACUUCCCACAGACCCAAGUGGAAUGCCUCACAAAGUUGGUGCGGGAGGCUGAUGAAAUUAUCUGUAAGGUCAAAGCCAAUUAUGAGCAAGGACAUCUCUCCAUCGGCUUCUCGUCUGCAAGAUUUGUUACUAGCGUGAUGCAAGGUUUGUUUGAGAAGAAGACGUUUAUCGACAGCGCGCUAGUAGAACAGGAUCAGGCUGGGAAGUGUUAUGGCAUGGAGAUAUGCGCCACGCCGCUAUCGAUUGGCAAGGGCGGGAUCGUGGAGUACGUCGUGCCCACUCUCAACGAAGUCGAGACCAAGCUUUUAGAAGAAAGCAAGUGCGAUCUCGAAGACAUGUUGAACCUGGGCCGGUGCUACGCGGUGGGUGACGAGUACUGCUUGAACCCCUGCAAAAUAUAUACCUUCCCGCCAUGCGUGCCUUGCGAGAUUUGCAGACCGGGAGAAAAAUCUAAAAUAAAUCGAUAAAAUGAAAAUGCAAAUAGCGCUUUUUGGCUCAAUAUGUACAAUAUGUAUAUAAAUUAAUUAAC